GCCCGGUGCCUGAGGUCGUUACCAUGGUGAUGAUCCUGAGUAAAAGCCUCGACAACCAGGGAGCUGACUCCGUAGCAUGCAGGACCUUCAACCCUGAGCUGCACACGCCAAAGAAGAUGAGUCAAGGACCGACACUUUUCUCUUGUGGAAUUAUGGAAAAUGACAGAUGGCGAGACCUGGACAGGAAAUGCCCUCUUCAGAUCGAGCAGCCGAGCGCCAGCAUCUGGGAGUGCUUGCCCGAGAAGUGUCAGGACGGCGCUCUGUGGCACCGGGAGGCAGCGACCGCCUGCGCGGUGACCAACCUGAUCAAAGACCUCAGCCUCAGCGACCACAACGGGAACCCCUCAGCACCCCCCAGCAAACGCCAGUGCCGGUCACUGUCCUUCUCCGAUGAAAUGUCCAGCUGCCGGACAUCGUGGAGGCCCUUGGGCUCCAAAGUCUGGACUCCGGUGGAGAAGAGACGCUGUUACAGCGGGGGCAGCGUCCAGCGCUAUUCCAACGGCUUCAGCACCAUGCAGAGAAGCUCUAGUUUCAGCCUCCCCUCCCGGGCCAAUGCGCUCUCCUCGCCCUAUGACCAGGCAGGGUUCCACCACCGCUUUGGAGGUCAGCCCUGCCAAGGGGCGCCAGGCUCGGCCACCUGUGGACAGGCAGGCGACAUCUGGAGCCCUGACCCGACCCCCGUGGGAGGCGGCCGGCUCGACAUGCAGCGGUCCUUCUCCUGCUCGCACGAGCAGUUUUCCUUUGCGGAGUACUGUCCACCCUCAGCCAACAGCACACCUGCCUCAACACCAGAGCUGGCCAGGCGCUCCAGCGGGCUGUCCCGAAGCCGCUCCCAGCCGUGUGUCCUUAACGACAAGAAGGUCGGCAUUAAGCGGCGGCGCCCAGAAGAGGUGCAGGAGCAGAGGCCUUCCCUAGACCUUGCUAAGAUGGCACAGAACUGUCAGACCUUCAGCAGCCUCAGCUGCCUGAGUGCGGGGAUGGACGACUGCGGCCCGCACAGCCCCUUCGCCCUCCACGUCAGCAGCACCAGGUCCUGGACCGCCUUGCUCUCGGCCUCGGCCUCCAGCCUGGGGGGCAGGACCCCCGCCGGGACCCCGGUCCCUGAGCCUCUGCCCCCGGCCUUGGACGACCAGCUCGCCUGCAAGGAGGAGCAGUGCUGCGAGGAGUCAGGCGGCUGUGCCCCGGGUGAGGGCUGUGGCAGGGGCUGGGGGCCGGCCACGGCCUGGCGGGACCGCGGGGUGGCCGGGAACAGCCCCUGCUCCCUGGACGGCGAGUUGGACAUCGAACAGAUAGAGAACAACUGAGGGGCAGCGGGCACCGGGCGGCACUUGAAGCGGGGAGCCCCACCCGGGGAGCUCCCCAGGGGCGUCGGGUCCCGGGGAGCGUGCGCUCUGGCUCCGGAGAGGCUGUCCUGCCCGUGGGCCCGGCCCCGCCGCGCGGCCGACCGCCCCGGCUCCUCCCAGCACGGCGGCCGCGUCCACCGGGCCACCGGAGCCCGAGAGCAGCUUCUUGGUCUGGGCCCCUUCCCUCCCCACCCCCGUUCCUCGCCGGCCACCCCACCGGGCGCCUCGCGCAUCUCCCGCAGGGCUGGACGCUCUGCACGUGCGACUCCCAGGGGGGCUGGUUGCGGGGCUUGUGCUCAGGGCCAUACGGUGGCGUCAGGCCCUUCCCGGCCUCCUGCUCAGGUUCAUUUUGGGGGGGGUCGGCCCCACAGCUUCUUUUCACUCCGUUUAUUCCGUGCCUUCUCCCCCAGGUAUCCCUGCUCCCGACUUGGGAAGGUUCGGGAGACGCUUCCCUCUGUAGUAACACCGGAACCGUUUGGCCUUAAUUCCAAGGGUGGAGACGGAGGCCCCUGGGGUGCCGGGAGGGGGCUCUCCACGCCGGAACCCUGGGGGCCUGGGGGACGGCUCGGGCUGCUCGUCCGAGGCGUCUGCGUCGGGUGGACAUGGGUGGCUACGUUGGCCGAGAAGAUAGACCUCCUUGCCUCUCCCGCGGCGCGGAGAGCCUGACCCCGUGGCUCUGUGCCACUCCGGGGGCCGCUUGGGCAGGUUGGCACGCGGCAGCCAUUCUCUGUGGCGAAAUGGCCACUGCGUGAUUAGCUUAGCUGAUUCAGGUGAGUGCAGAGAGGUCACCGGUAACGGGAAACCUCUCGAAAACGUCCUCAGGAGGCAGGAGCCAGGCCCUGUGCACGUUUCGGGGGUGGAGGAUGCCUGUUGGCUGCUCGGGGGGUGGGGGGGGGGGCCUGGGCUGGGGGCCUGCAAGGCCCUCCGCGGAAUUCUAAGCACACUGUCGCUGUCUGGUGGGGACUGCUGCCGGCUUCAGUCAGGCACGCCAGCCACCUCCGCGGCGAGCGCCCCUGCUGGCCAGCGGGGGGAGCAGUGCGCGGAGCGUCCCCUGCCGCCCGCCCUGCCGCAGGCCCAGAGCGCUGUCCCCAGCUCCCCGCACCCCCGCGGACUCCCCGCUCCCGGGGAACCCCGACCCCCUGAGGUUUUGCUCUCGGGCAGCCUGGCCGUCAGACGCCCCACGUGGGCCCUGCUCUCUCGGAGUCUGGCUCGUAGCCAACCUGGCAUCUUCCGCAGCCAGUGGCAAGUGGCUCCUUUCCCCGUAGGGCUGAAGACAACUGGCGCGUUCUCUUGGGUUUGCGGACAUGUGACAAAGGCACGUCCGUAGUCUCUUGUGGACAGCGAGCGCCUCGCUUCCACGGCGUGAGUGCACACGGUUCUCGCGAAAGGCCUUCUUCGGGCAGCUUGACUCACUCCUUCGCUAGAUCAGAAGCUUGGCGCUCAGGUUCUGGUUUCUAGGUGGUGUUUCUUAAAAACCGGCCCUAAGGUGCUCGUAGAGAAAACCCCCCCUCAGUGGCCCUCCGAGGUUGUGUUGAAAGGCCUCAGGGUGGACGGCAUGGUGGUUGUGCGGGCUCCGGGCAGGCCCCGGGGCCAGAGCCGGCUACGCUUCGGUGGCCCCCACCAAAGCCCCGUCCCCCGGGGACCCUGGAGAGCCAAAGCCGGGAGCCGGUGGCUCUGGGUGCACACGCCGUCUCCCCUGAUGCCCACCCAGUGGGUCCCGGAGGCCACGUCUUAGAGCAAACCCGGAGGAGCCUGGCAGCCUGUGAAUUUAGAGAGCACACGCUGGUGUCUCGUGUCCUCGGAGAGCCUGGGGGGGGGUGGCACUGGCACCCUGCCCCCACCGAGUGGCCGCGGGGGGAGCUGUCCUUCCUGUGGAAGGAGAGGCAGGGCCCGACCCCUGGUCUACACCACGGUGAGGGACCGAGAACUGAGCCGGGUAGGCCUGAGUGGUGACCCCCAGCUGCCUUUCCUCAGGCUCAGGCGGGGAGCACAUGGCAGUGGGGGUGUCACAGCGCCGUGGGGUGGGUGACCUGCCUUCAGAGCCUGCCGGCCCCCUCCUCCCUUCUCGGGCCUGGUGGCGAGGAAGGAGCUGUGAGCUUGCGAAACGGCCCCAUCCUUCCCGCCUCCUCCCAGGCUGGUCCCGUCGACCCAUAGAUCCAGUCCCAGGGCGCUUUUGGGCAGAAGGUACCGCAGCCCAGGCAAGAUCUGGCCCUCCGGCCUCCACCGGCUCCUCUUUGCUGUCCCACUCCCACCGAAGCUCCUAGCCCCAAGCCUCCAACAGCGGCGGUGCAGUGGGCGGGGGGGGGGGGGGGGGGGGGAGACAAUGGCCACUGUCCCCUCUGCCCAGAGAAAGAAAGGCCCGUCAGUUAUUUCGUGUUGGGAGAGAGCUGGCCCCCUGCAGGAGGCGCAGCCCCACCGUGCAGGGAGCCAAGUGUAUGCCCACCCUGCCGACCCCAGGACUUCGGUCUUGAGGCGCUUGGAGGGAGGCUUGCCCGGGAGGCUCCCUCUGCGUGUGGCCGUCCCCAUGGGGCAGCGGGUGUGCUGACAGGCUCCCCGCUGUUGUCCAGGCCCUGCCCCUCCUGGUGGGUGCCGCGACCUCCUGCCCCUGCAGGGAGAUGGGGGAAGUUCAGAGCCAGGAGGGAGGGCUGUGCCUGUCCGCCUGCCCGCUCGGGGGCCCGAAAGGACAAAAGCAGGGUGGUGGCUCCGGGAGGGCUGGGAGGAGAGGAGAGGCAUCCCCACCUGUUCCAGAAGGAGCAUCUUCUACAGCCGCCCGACCGACAGGAGCUGCCGGCUGCUCGCAGGCCCGGGCCGGGGUUAGGGCCGAAGCCUCACCGUUUACAUGACCGCAGACCCUCUUGCCUUACUCGCGGCGGAGGCCGGGGCCUGGCCCCGGGCCCGCGGGCAAACACAACAUCCAGGCCACAGGGGUGCUUGUUCUGAUCAUACGUAGAUCUUCGUUCUCAGAAAGCCUUACUUCUCAUCAAAAUUUUUGUAGCAGGAAAGUUUUGUGAAUUUGUACGCUGGAAGAAAAUUUAAAUAAAGGAAAAGUCCGCAUUAAAAAGAAAACGAACCCAAA